UCAUCUAAAAAUAUAGGGAUCCAAAGAGAGGCAUUGGCUAUGACAAAUGAGCCAUGGAAUUUACUUCCCCUUUUAAUUAAAGGUAGAGUGGAUGAGUGGGAGAAAGAUUUGGUGCUCGAGAAUAAGCAUAAUCUUAAGCAACUAAGUGUGCUUAUGUGGGAUCAGGUAUCUUCUCUCCCACCUGUAGUCCAGUUUCCAUGGUCACAUCCGAAUAGUGGGCUCCCAAGCGCUUUAAUAGCUUCCGUAUAAUAAUCCUCACAAAAUAUUAAGCCAGCCCUGAUCUCUUUGUAUCCCCAAACAAAUCAAUUCUCUCACAGUUAAUUAGAAGCAGAAAAAAUCUCAUCUUUCCUGCUGCUGCUGCAGAGUACUAUCUACCCAAGUUAAGGUAAGCCAUGAUCAUAGUUCUCUUUAUCCAUGCUGUCAUCCUUGGAAUAACUUACAGGAGGAUUUGUGACUUUGGAAGCCAGAAGAUUAGCUUUAUAUUGGUGAAAUAGGACUCAAGAAAGCUGUUCAAUUCCCCUGAUUUUCUUGUUUAAAUUAUCAAGAAGAUGCUUUUUGUGAUGUCUUUUAUCUCGUUGGAAUCUUGACAGACAUUGCCAUAGCUCAAAAGGCUCAUCUCUCUCUUUUUGGUUGAAAGCAGAUCAACAAGAACCAAAAAAAGAAACCGCGAACCCCAUAAUUUAUUGUUUAGCUUUCACCUCCUGCUCUUGAAGCACCAGAAGCCAUGAACUAGCCUUUAAAUUCCUCUGUUACAACCUGCAAAGAAAUCCAGGACCAGACACAAUUGAAGGCCUUGUUCUAUAUACGAGUGAAAUGAACUCCCUACUUGCAGUCUCCUUUGUGGUUCGAUUUGAUGCUGCUAGGAAGCACUGGAGCCAUGAAAUCUCCAGCCUAUUUGCAUAAACUCAUAAAAGGUCUAAAGAAAUUGUAGUUCGGCUAAGUGGGUAUUGGUGUACUUCUGAGGUGUUGUUGGAUUGAGUCAUAAUAAUAGCUAUGUUUGCUGUUCAUCAUCGUCCACACCGGCUACUCCUGGAGACAGAAUCAAGCACACAAUCUGCAGCAAAUGGAAGCAGGACGCGCAACACAUACAACAGCGAGGCCAAUUUUGAUACCAACAUGGUGAUCAUCUUGGCAGCUUUGCUUUGUGCGUUAAUUUGUGCCCUUGGACUAAAUUCUAUAGUACGAUGCGCCAUACGCUGUAGCAGGAGGUUUACUUUCGAGACUCGUGAUCAGACUGCAGCACAUAUGGCAGCAACAGGCCUCAAAAAGAGCGCAUUGCGACGAAUCCCAGUGAUUAUAUACGGGGUGGCAGGGAUACAUUUAAUAGCUACAGAUUGUGCAAUUUGCCUAGGUGAGUUCAUAGGUGGUGAGAAAGUACGAGUUUUGCCCAAUUGUAACCAUGGAUUUCAUGUUAGGUGCAUUGACACAUGGUUGGUAUCACACUCCUCCUGUCCAACUUGCCGGCAGUCACUACUUGAGCAACCAGCAAGUUCUGAUGCCACAGAAAUUGAAGUUGGGAUUAGACAUCCGGGAAAUGAUGUUCCUAUUGCUGGAGAUCACGAAGCUGGUUGAUCCUGCUUUGAAAGUGAUUCAACGCCAAAUCAAGAACAAGCAAAAAAAGGGUCUUAGUUUCUCUAUUGUUUAAUUUUUGAGAUGUUCAGUUUGUUUGUGUAAUUAUGCUUAGUGAUGUAGAUAUCUUGGCUGAAACUUCAGUGAAUGAGCUAAAUGGAGGUUUCUGAGACUA